AUGCCCUUCAGCGCCGCCUUUGGUUUCGGCUGCCUGCUGGGCACCGGGAAAGCGGCCACUGACAGAGCAGUUGUGAGGACGAUCCCCCAACGCCAGCUCUACAUGAGCGAGCCCAACCCCGCGUGGUUUGGCAAUCGACCCAACCCGCCACCAGGUGAGCCGGGUUGGACAAAUCGCAACUGGUUAAAAUCUCGCUUCCACUUCAACUUUGCCGAGUACGAUGGAGGGCCGGACAACUUCGGCGUCUUGCGAGUCAUGAACGACGACCUUGUUCAGCCAAAGCGGGGAUUUGGAAUGCACCCUCAUCGCGACAUGGAGAUCCUGACCUUCAUUAUCCAGGGCCACCUGACCCACAGGGAUUCCAUGGGCACAGAGGAAACGCUGGGCCGCGGUGGGGUGCAGUUCAUGACAGCCGGCACCGGCAUCCAGCACUCGGAGCACAACUUGCAGAGCACGGCCCUGCGCUUCGUGCAGUGCUGGGUGGUGCCAAGGAGGCGGGGCCUGCGGCCAAGGUACGGCUCCAUGACUGGUGGCUCGGAGGCUGAGGCUUUACGUCGGAACCAGUGGGCCCACAUCGCCUGUGAUGCAGAGGGCGGCCACAAAGCCCCCGUCCGAAUCUACCAGGACUGUAACGUCUUCCUAUCCGAGGUCAGCCCCCACACGACCCUCCCAAAACUGGAUCUUGAAGCCGGACGACAGGGGUAUCUGCUCUGUGUGGAGGGCAGUGUGCAACUAGAUGGGAAGCAGCUCCAGCAGCACGAUGCAGCGGAGCUUAAGGGACCUAUGGGCCUGCAGCCCAGGGCCUCUGAUACAGGAGCUUUGCUUCUGCUUUUCGAGAUGGAACAGACAUCUGACAGCAGAAGCUACUGA